CGACGAGGCUUGAUUCCAUCAAUCUAACACCAACCCAUCAUGGCAGCCGUUGUAGAUCUCCCCUUUGAGCUCCCCGCAGCCCCCUCAUCCUUCAAGCCGUCUGCUCCGGCCAGCAUCUCCAAGCUCGGCCAGGAGACAAUCCUCCCUGCCGGCCCCUCAUACGUCGCCCACACUCGUCGUCAGCUGCGCCAACUCGACUUUGCAGCUGACGAUGCCCAGGAGCAGGCUCGCCUCGACGAGCUCAACAAGCUCAACGGCGCAGACGACGAGCUCGACAACGACAUCGGCGAUGAGCCAGAGAGCGCCGACUUGCUCAAUCGCGAUCCCAAGCAGUGGAAGGGACAGGACCACUACGCUGUCCUCGGUCUCUCUGGUUUGCGUUACAAAGCUACCCCGAACCAGAUCAAGAUCGCUCACCGAAAGAAGGUGCUCAAGCAUCACCCUGACAAGAAGGCGGGCGCUUCUGGUCUUACCAACGACGAUUCGUUCUUCAAGUGCGUGGCAAAGGCGCAUGACGUCCUCUCCAAUCCGGAGAAGCGCCGUCAAUUCGACUCAGUCGACGAGGGUGUAGACGACGACGAUGUACCCACAGGAAAGGAGAAGCCUGAGCAAUUCUUCAAGCUCUGGGGCCCCGUCUUCGAACGCGAGUCCCGCUUCUCAGUCACAGAGAAGAAUGGCCCCACGCCCGCUUUGGGCGACCUCGACUCUUCCCGCUCCCACGUCGAUGAAUUCUACGACUUCUGGUACAAUUUCGACAGCUGGCGCAGCUUCGAGUACCUGGACAAGGAGGUCAACGAGGGCAGCGAUGACCGUGCAGACAAGCGUUACCAGGAGAAGAAGAACAGGAACGAGCGCGCAGCGAGGAAAAAGGAAGACAAUGCUCGCCUGCGUAACUUGGUGGACAAGGCCUUGAGCCUUGACCCUCGCAUCAAGAAGUUCAAGCAGGAGGACAAGGCUGCCCGUGAGGCCAAGAAGAACAAGGGACGUCCUGGUGCUCCCGCAGCGGGCAAGACGCCUCAGCAGCUUGCUCAGGAGAAGGCGGCCAAGGAGGCCGAAGAGAAGAAGGCUGCCGAGGAGGCCAAGAAGAAGGAGGAGGCGGACAAGGCUGGUCGACAAGACGCCAAGAAGGCGCGCGAAGCGGCCAAGAAGGCGCUCAAGAAGGAGAAGAAGAAGCUGGCAGACGCUAUCACUUCGAACAACUACUUCCAGCCUGCCGGAAGCGCUCCUUCUGCUCAGGUGAUUGAGAAGGCUCUCAACUCGCUCGAUGCUCUCGUGGCUAAGCUGGGCGAGGAAGAUCCUACAUUGGUCGUCAAGCUGCGCGAGGAUGUCGAGAAGGCGGGCGACAAGAAGGCCGUGCUUAACAAGGCGGCUGAGGAAAAGGGUGUUGGUGCUGCCGCCUUUGACUAAUUCGCGUGCCACACUACAACCCGCUUUGGUCAUGUAGACAGACUCAUUCUCUCAAUACACACUUUGGACUUGCCCAC